CAAUAGAAACAGUAGCGUCACAAUCAACGUCGUCUCAAAUGACGGCAUCAAAAACAGUGACAGCCGAAAUGACGACGUCUCAAGCGACAGCAGAAAUAGAAGGUGCCGACACAACGGCGUCACUGUCCACAGCACCACAAACGUCUGCGUCACAAACGUCUCCACCUCAAACACAAUCGUCUCAGCCGACGCCAGCAGAAAUGACAGAAAAAAGCACAAAAAUCGACCUGACGCUGUCGCAAACAACUGCUCGAACGACAGCGUCGCAAGCGACAGAGUCACAAAUGCAAUCGUCUCAGCCGACGACGGUAAAAAUUACAGAAACUGACACGAUUGCCGCCGCAAGGGACAACGUCACCAGCGACGGUGCUUCAAACAGCAACAGCAGAGACCUGGGGGACCGAAACGAGGCCAACCGAAACAACGGAGGCUCCGAGAGCACAGUCAACAGCGUCGGAAACUACUAG